AGUUAAGAUCGAACCGCCAACGAAACGACCGCAAUUAUGAAGCUACUGUGCAGUGUGCUAAUCCUCGCCAGCGUUCUGGCCGCCAACGCCAAGCCCCAAGUCCAGCUGCAGCUGCAGAGUGCCUUGGACCAGUACUUGGUGCAUGCCCGCGACCUGGACGCCACCGUUUCCGCGGACGUGACCACCCAGUGCUUCAACCUCUACCUGCCCAUGCUGAACGAGGUGGCGGCCACCUUCUCGAGCUCCUACAAGGCCUGCAUCAGCACCGCCAACGCCGAGACCGCCAACCUGACCGCCCAGGCCGACCAGCAGCAGAAGAUCUACCAGUCGGAGGUCACCAGCCUCUGCAGCGCCUUCACCGCCUGCAACAACGACAACGACACCACCACCUUCUUCAACUGCUACGCCAGUGCGGCCGAGAGUGAUGUGUCCGUCAUCUACGACAUCGCCACCAACGCCGCCAGUUCGGCCAGCACCUUGAGCAUGGGCAUCAAGGCCAUCCAGGACACGGAGUACCAGUGCACCAACACCACGGAGAGCGAUUACGUCCGGGACACGGCCGCCACCUACGACCUGCUGGACAGCUGCCUAAAGUACGGAGUGCCCACCACCUCCACCGCCGCCCCCUCCGCCACUAGCCCCGUUGCUAGCUCGAGCGGGGCUUCUGUCACUGAUGGCACCACUGCUGCUGCGUCCUCCAGCGUCGCUGCCGCUGCUGUGAGCAGCGAUGCUCCGGAGACCACCACUGCUGAACCCGGAACCGAUGAGCCGGUUACCUCCGCCGCGGCUGGCACUCCGGCCUCCUCUUAA